AUGGCCAAAUCAUUACGUGCUAGCAGUCAUCUUAACGCUAAAUCUAUCAAAAGACGUGGAGUUUUCCAAAAAGCAGUAGAUGCACGUGAACAAAGAAUAUCUGAUAAACUAAAGGAAGACUUACUAAAGCAAAAAAUAGAAGAUCUGAAGAAAAAGGAAGAGCAAGGAAUUGACGUAGAGAUUGAGGAGAAAAAGGUUACUGAAAAAGCUCCUUUGAAAAAGAUAACUACUUCUGGUUGGAGAGACGGUAGACAUCAUGUCUAUAAAAAGGCUAAGCUGAUGAAACAGUCUAAAAAGAAAACAUCAUUUACCAGAUUCUAA